AUGAAUAAUAAAGGACAAUUUAAUCGAGGGAGAGGACAAGGAAGAAGGAAUGAUGGACGGUUUAGGAAUGGCCCAGAUGUGUGUUACACUUGUGGUGGUACAGACCAUUUUUCUAGAAGUUGUCCUUAUAGUCAGGGAAGGAAGGCUCCUGAUUAUAUUACUUGCUUCUCGUGUGGUGAGAAAGGGCAUUAUGCCAACAGUUUCCCCCAUAAGAGACAGGUUACACUUCCAACACCACCCACUAGACUAUCAAUUGAACCAGCCCCGAAGCGCCUGGCAGUUGCAAAGCAAGUGAAUGCUUUAGAGUUAGGAAAUCCCGAACCACAACAGCCCCAUCAGGGCCUGAUCACAGGAACAUUGUGUGUUGGUGGAGUUUAUGUGCAUGUUCUCUUCGACUCGGGUGCCACACAUAGUUUUGUGAUACCUAAGGUAGUGUCGAGUUUUAAGGGAAUCCUUGGGAACCAUAACCUUCAUGCCGAUAGUUAUGUACUUGGGAUUCCAAUCCAUGUGGGAUCAAUGGUAUAUCCGGCAGACCUUCUAGUUGUUCCUUUAGGACAACACGAAGUGAUUUUGGGAAUGGACUGGCUGUCGAGAUACUAUGCGCAGUUGGAUUGUGGUCGAGGAAGAAUUACACUUGAAGAAAGUGGACAACCAUCAACGACAUACUAUGGGAUAUGUCCAAGUUCUGGAGUAUCGCUUGUUUCUGCUUUAAGAGUUAAGAAGGAUUUGAUCAAGGGCGAAGUAUAUUUGGUAACUUUGACUACCCUUGGAGGAGACUUGAAAGAAGGGACGCAGUUGGAAGAGAUACCAAUAGUAAAAGAAUACCAGGAUGUAUUCAAGCCAUUGGAAGGAUUGCCCCCACCAUGA